AUGCCAGGUCGCCGCCAUGCCCUUGUGGCAAGCAUCGUUGCAUCCUUAACUGUGCUAUUACUUAUCACAUACACCAAGGUCGGACGCGGGGAGCUACUUCAAUAUGUUUCUCCACCAAACGCAGCCGAGACGAAGGCUGCACCGGGACCGAAAUAUCUGCCGAAGCCAUCCUGGAUACCUCUACCUAUCAAGGACCCUUUUCCAGCACUCGCGGCGUCCACGCCGCCCCCUGUUCCGACGUGGAAUGCGCCAAAGAGGGAGCUCCACAAGAAAUAUGGCAUCAACUACGCUCCGCCUCUCCUUAUCGGCUUCACGCGUACCUGGCCAAUACUACUUCAGGCUGUCGUAUCAUAUAUCACGGCAGGGUGGCCUCCAGAGCAGAUACACGUUAUCGAAAAUACAGGAGCGCAGCGCGCCAACGAACAAGGAAAGCUCUCGCUACAAAAUCCUUUCCACCUCGACUACGCCCAGCUAAAGAACCUGGGCGUUAAUAUCAUACGAACGCCUGUGCUCAUGAACUUUGCGCAACUUCAGAAUUUUUAUAUCCACUUGUCCCAUGAGCACAAUUGGCCAUUUUACUUUUGGUCCCACAUGGACGUUCUGGUGCUGUCAUACGAAGACGGUCUCGAAGGCGUUACCCCAGGAGCGAACAAGGAAGGGUACAAAACCGUCUAUGAGCUUUGCCUGACUGAACUCCGUCAUGCCAUGAACAGCAAUGAACGAUGGGCAGAAAAAUUCUUUGCGUACGACCACCUAACGCUCGUCAAUCGCGAGGCAUACGAUGAUGUCGGCGGCUGGGAUACCUUUAUCCCUUAUUACCUGACCGACUGCGACAUGUACUCGCGACUUCGCAUGCGCAACUGGACUCAGAAUGAUGCCAAGGCCGGCAUCAUUAUUGAUGUUAAUACUGUUCUUGACGACUUCCAAGCUUUCUACCGCAAUCACACUGUCGAACCCGCGUUCAGAGACCCCAACCCACCGGAUCCCAAGCCAGAUGGAGGAAAACGGGCAGAUGAGCUGAAUGAAAAGCGCAGCCUUAACGACGAAUACGCGUACUACAAAAAGCUCAAAGCUUUAGCGGAGCAAAUGCGGCGCUACAAGCUUGGAGAUCGUGGUCGCAACACCUGGCAAGUCAGCCAGGUUGGUGGUCAAGGCGAACCUUUCUAUUACCCAUCCAGGGGUAUCGCUGAGGCAAUUGAUUUGCUAACUGAGGCGGGUCGCGAGGUUUACCGCAGGAAAUGGGGCCACAGAGACUGCGACCUCAUCGAAAGUACUAUAUUGAAGGUUGAGGAUCAAUGGCUGGUUGCGAAGGACUGGGAUUAG